AAGACAGCCAGUAAACAAAGGGUUUUCUUCUGCCUUCGACCGUAUGGAAAGUCCAAGUUAAAGUGCGCAUGCGCUGCUAUGAAGGGGACUUCUCCAAAAAAAAAAAACAUCUGUAGGCUAUAUGAGUCUGUGUUAGUCCCUCGGAAGAGUAAAGUGUCACUGCCACAUGAACGAUGCACAACUCGGACCCUCUGUCUCUGAGCCCGUUGAGGGCUGACAACAGCCAAUUAACUACAGUGAAGGAGAGAUCCACGCUCAGUCAGGUGAUAAGGUGUAAGGCUGCCAGCAUGGAGAGAAUCCUCCAGCUGGUGCACCGGGUGGCGCAGAAGAGCUGCAUAAGAGCCUGCGAGCUGUUCUGCUGCCCCAUAGACACCGUGCUGUAUGAAAAGGUCACGUGUUGCUCAGCUCGAACUCAACAAACUAUGGAUGCUAAAACUGCACAAGCACUGGCAAUCCGGAGUCCGCCGUCGACCAUUUUAAUCGUGAACAUCUGCAACUCAACCUUGAUCGACUGCGUCAUUGGCAACGACACCUACCCAUCUGUGAUGGCGGAGAGUCAGCCUCUGAUGACUGAACCUCAGUUCCACAUGCACGAUCUGGCCAGGUGCAGCUACAGCUGUGGACAGCAGGGGCCAGCACAGACCACCCCUGCUCCCCUGCCGUCAGCUGAGCCUCCACACAUCAACAUCCACAGUUCCCGGCUCAACUGUGUCAUCUUCGGAGACAACAACUACAUGCAUGCCGACCAGAGCCACUCGACAGAAGCAGAGGAAGUGUGACGCUUUGGACGCACAGAGCUGACACUCACACUACCCACUCACCUGAAACUGGCAUCUUUGGAGGGAAAACAACUUUAACUCAGUGUUCGGUAAAACAAUCUCCUGACCACUGUUCGCCACAAUCUAUGUUCUGACAGUUGUCAUGGGCUUGGCCACCAUUGGCUUAUAGACCUAAUAUCUGUCUUUUUUUUACUCUGUCAAAAUGAGUUUUAGGGUUACAUCUAACAGAGCUGGAACCAGUUACUUUAAAUGAUAAAUCAGUGACUGCAGAUCACCGAGUCAUUGUUUCAGCUCUGCUAUUUUGACCUUUGACUUCCAUAGCAGUAUCGGCUCUGGUUUUGGGUCUGACGUGACUCAAUCCAGGUCUCGGCACUGAUUUAGAAACAUAACCAUCGCUCAUCAUCACAGUUCUCCAAGUGUUGCAAGUGUCUGUACGCACAAACAAACGUCAGCUCUCCAAUUUUAUCCUGAAAAUAACGGUUUCCUGUUUCGCAAUGUUGGGCCUUCUGCUCCUCUGUCAGAUGUGAGGACAUAAAGUUGGGAUUAUUUUACUGCAUUAAUUUCCCUCACGGAUGUGACUUUGGCCUGACUCAUCUCUCUAUGAUCUUUUGAUCUCUCUGUGUUUGAUGUGUAGCGGUCAGAUAUGCUGACUAGUGUACUAAGUUUUGAAAGAUGUGAAGAUGUGUUGCUGUAUAAUUCAGUUCCCCAGCUUGUUGUAUAUUGUGUGAUUGCAGGAACAAGCAGUGUUGGAAUGCUGUUUGACUGUGACUGAAAUCCUUAUCAUGUCAUGAUAAAGGCGUUGACAUACGUUCAAAUGUAUGGCCUAUGGUCAUUAACAGUAGACUACUUAGUAGUGUUUGUUGCUGGAAGUCAUGUUGAUUUCUUGGAAUUGUAUUUUCUUGUUUUUAAUCUUAAAUCAUUGUUUUACUGAGGUCAACCUGUACAUAGAAUAUGGAGUAAGAGGACUUUGGAUUAAAGGUGCUACUAUUUUGUCUGCUCAUAUCUUUACAUACAGUAUGAUAUGAUGCUGAUAUGCUCCAUGUUACCUUCACACUAUGUACUACUUAUCUUAAUCUUCUGAAAUUAAUGCUUGUAUGUAUUUUAUUUUGUUAUACACUGUACGUUUUAAAUGGCAAGAACAUGUUUUUACAUUUUUAACGAAAGAACAAAGAAAAAAUACAGAGUUUGAUCAGGAA